GUCACAUGCAGUGUUUCUUUAGCAUCAGUUACGAUGAGCUGAUGCCGACGCCAAAUUUAAACGUGAAAGUGAAAAAUCAUGCAAAGCUCGCUGCUACUCUUUGUGACCAUUGCUUUUUUGCAGUGCUUUGGAAGUGACGCGGCUCGUUCGCACCCCACUUUGCGUGCCGUCACAGUGAUAUUUAGACACGGAGACCGUUUACCAAACGACCAAAAAGGUGGAGGUUUAACAAACACUGGAAGACUGAGAUCUUAUCGAUUCGGGGAAAAGCUACGCAAAAAAUAUGGUGAUUUUCUGGGCGAAUUUUACGAACCAGCGUCGAUUUUCGCUCGCAGCACCGAGUACGCCAGAGCCCAGAUGAGUUUACAACUUACACUUGCGUCACUGUACCCGCCGCAAAAGCACCAGAAAUGGCACAAAUCGUUAAACUGGCAACCGAUACCAUAUUCCCAUGCUCCGUUAAAUAACGACGUUUUACUUUAUCCCGAUGGCUGUCCAAGAUUCGUGCAAGAAUUAAAAGCAGCUGAAUCGAGCGCCGAGUUUAAAAAGCUUCUCGAGCCAUUCCAGGAGACAAUGAAAAAUUUGACGAGAUUGACGGGUAGUCAAGUAAGCAGCAGCAGAGAUAUGUUUCUGUUGUAUCACAAGUUUGACGCAAUGAGAUACAUGAAUGAGACGCUCGAGGACUGGGUCUAUGAUUACUUUCCCGACGGUGCUCUUUUGAACGGAACAUACCUGGAAUACAAACGGCUGAAGUUCACCGAUUGGCUGCGAAAAAUAAACGGCGGUGCUCUGAUGCGUAAAGUAGUCGACGACAUGACGGCCGAGAGCAAAAGGGCCGAGGCCGAUGGUCGCAAGCUCUUUUUGUACGGCGCUCACGAAUUGAACAUCGUGUCGGUUUUGCAAACGCUCAAGCUGUGGAAGCCGCACAUUCCCGAGUACUCGAGCGCCGUCGUGCUGGAGCUGCGGGAGCAGUUGAAUCUCCACUUUGUCAAGGUGCUGCAUUACCAAGGUAUCCCGCCAGUUUUCAUUGAAAAGCAAAUUCCAGGUUGUACGACGCUCUGUCCCCUGGAUAAGUUCAUCAAGCUGAUAGAGGACCAGUUGCCGUCGUACGAUGAAAUAAUUUGCAGCAACGAAAGGCUAUAAUCCGAGAGGAUCGCGUAGCGCGGGCGAUUAUAUAAGCAAAUAAUACGAUCUAUAUAUUUGCUUUGGUAUCAAAGGAAGCGCGACGAAGACAAUCUGUAUAUUAUAAAAAGAGGAUAAGCUUCUGCGAACAAUCGAGAUAUUGGUUUGGCUAUAAAGAAGAAAAGGAGGAGAGACGAAGAAGCUGAUGAUGCAGCUGUGGCGAAGAUCAAUUAAGCGAAACGAGCGCAGAAACUUUGCGAAAAGUCUGACAGCUGAGAAAAAUAAACGGAUACACUCGGGGGAUGCAGGAUCAAAGGGAGAGACUCGGGAUCGACGCUAUCGGAUAGCUGCGCGGAAAGGCGAGGGGGUGGCGCGUAAUUAAAAUCUCUUGUGCGUAUAAUAGACGUAAACAGCGUGGAGCAAUCGGUCGCUACUGCUGCCGCUGCUGGCCAAGACUCGAGCUUAUAGUUAUCUCGAAUACUGCAAACUAUACAUACGUAAGCUAAGGUAUUAGUCACGCUAAACGCUCGCUUCCCCCUUUGUGCUUAUAUUCCCGCGCGCAGUUCACGUUCACGGCAGACGCGCGCGGCCGGGCCUGGAUAUAGGAUGAGGGAAGAGAGUCUCUCGAAAACAGAGACAGAACACGAGCCAUUUGCGCUAUGUCUUUGCAGCGUAACGGAUGAAAAGCAGCCCGUUAUAUGCGAGAACGAUAGAGAGAGCUAUACAGAGAGGUGCCUGCCCGCCCAAGUUAUAUGCAACAACGGCAGAAGCAGCGGUAGCAGCAGCAGCAGAUGCUGGGAUUGAGAUGAGAUAAUAUCCGUCGAAUGCCGGAAGACCGGAAUAUUGGCGGAGCGCCGUACAAUUUCCUUCGCAGCGUAAGCUCAAGCUGCGUCCCUCUCGCCCUCCCUCCCUUCUUUCCUCCCGGUCCCUCGAAUCUCUCUCUGAUAUGUAUGUGCAGUUUGGAAUACGCAGCAACAGCAGUUACAACCUGAGUUUCUGCUGCUUUGCACGAGUCGAUAAAUGACAUUCUGUUGUAUUUACGCACACUCUUGAAGCUCUUCAACUUGGCCGGGAUGACGGCGCGCGUGCGACAACACAGACGCAAGGGCCAUUCAUGAGCUAGAGAUUUUAAUUGCAUCAAGGGGGCGUAACAGUGUCUUGUACACGAAAGUUUUUACAAGAAGAACACACUUUUUUUAGAAUAAAUUUAAAACGAUACAAAAUUAAUUGAUAUUUUUACAUUUUUACUAUUUAGUGCAAAAAAAAUCUCAGAAGUUUUCUACUACAAAAAAUGCUUCUCGAAUGCCUCUAAUUGCUUCAAUUCUUUGGUACAUACUCAUCUUCGACCUAAUUUGGGCAUAUUUUUGUUUGAAUUAUUUACGUACAAAGAGAAAAACACUUUCAAAAGACUGUCUUGCUCGAUCAUAUUCAACUUUAUGAUAUGUUUAUUACCCGAAUAACUUCAUUUUUUCAUAUAAGAUUAAUUUAAUAAUUUAAAGCUCAUUCAAAUCAGCCAAUUCAAAUACACUAUAGUCUUGUACUGGGCUACAUAACAGUUGCACAAGCUUGAAAAAUAGUUGACUGACGCGAUUUAUUUGUGGCCUAUACAUACUUUAAGAACUCGACAGAUUGAAAUUGUUUUUCCCUUGCCUGCAAAGUUUUGUGGCAGUGGUCAAUUCGAGGCAGAAUUUGCCUCCAAGGAAGGGAGCUUGCGAGCGCAAUUACGCAUUCGGGAAUGAGGAAAUUGGAUAUUCGUCGAGCCGCAUUACGCACUCCAAUCGAAGAAUCCAACUCGGCGAAUGAUAAUUUGAAUCGUCGGAAUUCUAAAAGCAAGACGCGAAAUUGUCUUCGUUAAAAACGUCGAGCUUCGCCAUCGGUGCAGACGUGCAGCUCGAUCGAAAUUCAAGAAAAACGAGCUUCGUCCCGAGCUUUUGACGGAUGGCGCGAGCUUGGAAAGCGACGACGAUGUUCGUCGCGCGUAUGUCGAUUGCUAUCGCUGCGGCUAGACGGGGCUCUCAGCGUUUCGACGCGGGAACGUUAUUUAUUGCAAGAUGCAUCACUUUACCCUUGUGCACCAUCGGAGGAGGGUGGUAGGUCGAGUUGGGAUCCCAUACAGCUUAACGCCUCUAUCUUUAUUUUUCUCCAGGAAAUUUAAUCGUAGAUCACAAGCGGUCGAGUCGCUCUCUGUCGUCUCCCUCACUCCCGUGUUGAUCUCUCUGUCUCUCUCUCCCUCUGUAUGUAUUAUUCCUGCCUAUCUUUUCCAGUCGGUCGUAUACAGCCUUACUGGAGUCAUGCUUUUUAUCCUUUCAGUUUUUUCAACUGCGUAUAAUAUUCAAUAUGCGAUGCAUUAACUUACAGAUACGACGUGCUAAACUAUCUCACCGUAUACGCUAGCAUUUUUCCAAUAUUGCUGCGAGAGAUGAAAUCAGAAAUUCGUAGACUGGUUUGUUUGCCUUGAACCUAUAUAUGGAUAGAUAUAUGUGAAUGAAUGUACGAAAUAAACAUGGAAAAUGUAUGUUUUAAAGGAAAAUCUAUGUAUCAACUAAAU